AUGGCUGACCUCGACCAAUAUGACUUGGACCUGAUGGACUUGGUGGCAGCCCGUUGUGAAGGUGGUACAGGGGCCGAGAGCUUCCUUGAUCUGAACAACUUCGGCAGGGAUGUGGAGAAAGGCGUAGACGUGGAGCAGGAGAAAGAAUCAGCCGUAAGCCCUAAAGACAGAGGAUUGUUCCAGAAACCGUUUACUGCUCAUGGCACGGGUACCGGCACCACAUGCGAUACUGGUACCGACAAGCAGGACAAGAAUCCUGCCUGUACCUUAGUUGAUACACAGGAGCGGGAAACUAAGGAACCCACUCAUAAUGAUUCCAAUAAUAACCAAGGGGAGACGGAAGCCGAAGGUAUUGCGGGAGCCUACGCCAUUCAAUCCGCUCCAGAAUUGCGACCAGGAGAAUCCACUGGUCCAACAUUAUCUGGAGGAGGAGGAGACAAUGAAAGCAGUAACAGCUCAUCUUCUACAGAGAGCCAUGGCAGUGACUUGGCAGUACCAGUGGCCAACCCAGUGGAUGAUGAGGAUCUACAGCAGGCCCAAGAGUACAACCCUACUACUGCGAUGCCCAGUUCUGCCAGGAGAAAGCAAAAGACCAAACGAGUCAAAACCUGCCUUCUUUUGGGAGCAAUUCUUUUGGUGGCUUUAAUUAUGGUCUUGAUGGCUACCGGUAUACUGGUGCCUACUACUAGUAAGACUAAUGAAGAUGCGGCUCAGGCCACCGCAGUCCCAACAAUGAAUCCAUCUGGGGCUCCAUCCAUCAUCAUGUCACUUGAGGAACACAUCAAAGCCCUGCUGCCAGCAGACACCCUUAUGGCCAUACAAGAGGACCCAACAUCACCACAAUCCAUGGCAUACGAGUGGCUUUUGGAAGAUGAUGAUGAUGGCAAGAGCAACCUACACUCGGAUGCCCGAAUCAGUCAAAAGUUUGCCUUGGCAACAUUGUAUUUUGCUACAAGUGGAGACACAUGGGCAGACAACACAAAUUGGCUGAACCAUAGCAUACACGAAUGUGGAUGGUUCCAUGCACCUGAUUUUGCCAUGAAGGAGACAAUGCAACAUGUAUACCCGGGUUAUCUUUCCGAGUUCUUUCCUCCCUCAGAGCCACCACCCACACCCUGCAACAGUCAUGGUAUCUAUCAAAACUUGUGGCUGGACCGGAACAAUCUUGUUGGAUUCAUCCCAGAAGAGCUCUACAUGCUAUCAAGUUUGCAGACACUGUCUCUUGGAUGGAAUCAACUUGAUGGCGUACUCUCUACUCGUUUGGGGCAGCUCUUUGAUUUGGAGGGGUUAGCUAUCUUUGGUCAGCCCAGGGUUGGUAACAUUCCCUCUGAGAUUGGUCUUUUGACAAAACUAAGGGGCCUUCUGCUAACUAACAGCAAUCAUCAAGGCCUACUUCCUUCUGAGUUGUGGCAGCUGACCAAUAUUGAGACAUUGGCUUUGAUGGACCACAAGCAGAUGCAAGGAACAAUCCCAUCGGAGGUUGGCCAUUUCUCCAGUCUCAAAUGGAUUGUUGUAACUGAAAGUGAUAUUAAUGGCUCAAUCCCAACAGAGCUUGGGCAAAUUGAAUCACUAGAGUGGAUCGUUCUGGAACGGAACAGGCUUUCGGGGAGUAUUCCAAAGGAACUGGCUAUUCAUGCCAACAAGCUCAUGAUGUCCAUGUUUGGUAAUGACUUGGUUGGGACCAUUCCAAGUGAGCUGGGCUUACUGACUUCUCUUAAUUUCAUUCUCACUCUUCGGGGAAAUCAAUUAUCUGGCUCAAUUCCCAGUGAACUGGGACUCCUGACAAAUUUGCAGACAGGACUUAGUCUGCGGGGAAAUCUUCUCACAGGAGUUAUCCCAACAGAGCUUGGUCUAUUGACACAUGCACUUUUACUACUACUUGAUGACAAUCAACUCUCUGGCCAGAUUCCAAGUGAAUUUGGUGAACUCACAUCCCUUGGCCAGCUAGGUAUGGCCAACAACAGCUUGUCUGGUCUGAUCCCACAUGCAUUAUCCACACUACAGGAAUCACUGCAUGCAUUAUCAUUCAAUGGGAAUCCACUUCUUUCUGGGACCAUACCAAAAGACAUUUGCAGUGUCCACGGCACUCCUUUCAGAAAUCAAAUGGCACCAGAUUCAUUUCUUGAUCCUCCUGGUGUAUCCUUUGAUUGUUCUGAUAUUCUGUGUGGCUGCAAUUGCUCUUGUGAUGCCAACAGUUGA